GAUUAGCGCACCCGUACCUCAGGUAACCGUUGCCAUGGGAGAAUAGAACUAUACUCUCUAUUUAUUCCCCUAUCCCUCAAGUCUUCCGAUCCAGAUUCCUUCUUCUCCUCCCAUCUUCUUCAGUUUCCUUGCUAUCUCAUAGUUGCAUAGUAUAUUGUUUAUACUUGCUGUUUUCAGUACUUUACUGUACAUCUUAAGCCAUAAUCCCGGCUGAAGGUCAUUGGAUGACCGCAUUGGCUUGACCUUACUUCUUCAACGUUACCUCUUCUGUGCCCCGGUGGCAUAAUCCUGUUCGAAUAUGGCUACUCCCACAGUAUCGACUCCGGUCAAGACCCACCAUGGAAUCUUCUCUUCAAAGACUGCUGGAGGUCGCAUGCCUCUCACACCUUCUCCACGUAUGCGAGCGGGAAGCAUGACAUCGAAUCACUCUUCACCAUUCACUCCUCCCCGUCAGCAGGAAGGCGCCAAGGACCAUGGAAAGUCUGUCUACGGGGGUAAUUUGUCCUCUUAUUUUGCCAAGUCCAUGUCCAGGGCAACCCGGAGCUACCGCGAGUCUCCCAAGUCUAACAUUGCCCGGAUUCGUAAGUCGCCUAAGCACCUAGAAAUGGGUGUCUCGGAGUGGGCUUUGGCUGGUACUGGUCCCUCAUCAUCACAGUCUCCGACAUCCAAGGAGCGAGUACGGAAAGAGGUCCCGACACGUACGACAAGAUCUGGGAAGACCACUGUUCGCAUUGCACACAAUGCUGGUGACAGAUUCAUUCCCAACCGGACCGCCAGUGAGGGACUGGCAACUGCUGGAACUGCAAAGCCCGAGGAGAGCCAACGAUCCAAGACUAGUGGCAACGAGGGCUCUACCGUUCUUGCAAGUGCCGCGAGCGCCUUCGACAUUGGUGGUCGAGGAACGGAAGACGAUAUCACCGCGGCUCUUGAGAACCUCGGCCUCGAGGAUAGCGAGACUUCCUCAACAUCAUCAUCUUCUUCGUAUACCAGACCCGCACCAGAUGCUGUAGCCUACGAAUCGUCAUUGGCUGACGCUUGCGGUGUAAAUCUGAAUACUCGAAUUCUUGCUUUCAAGCCACCGCCUCCGGAAUCGUCCAAACCCAUUGACUUGCGUGCUCAGUACAAUCGUCCCCUUAGGCCUGCUAAAUCUAAGUCGGCACAGUUCCGCAGAAGGGUUCAAACUGCUCCCGAGCGUGUUUUGGAUGCGCCUGGGCUUCUGGAUGACUACUAUCUUAAUCUCCUGGGUUGGAGUUCUGGCAACCAAGUUGCCAUCGGCCUUGAGCGGAAUGUUUACGUGUGGUCGGCAGAUACAGGGUCCGUUAGCUGCCUACUGGAGACAUCUCCGGAUACGUAUAUCAGCAGUGUCAAGUGGAGUGGCGAUGGAGCCUAUGUUGGUGUGGGCUUGGGCACCGGCGAGGUUCAGAUCUGGGAUGUCGAAGAGGGUACUAAGCUGCGAAGUAUGUUUGGCCAUGACUCUCGUGUUGGUGUCAUGGGCUGGUCUAAGCACACCUUGUCUACCGGUGCUCGCAGCGGACUUGUGUUCAACCACGAUGUCCGCAUCGCUCAGCACAAGGUAGCUGAGCUUGUAUCUCACACCUCCGAAGUCUGUGGCCUCGAGUGGCGACCCGAUGGUGCUCAGCUGGCUACCGGCGGAAAUGACAACUUGGUGAAUAUCUGGGAUGCUCGGUCUCUCAGUGCACCCAAGUUCACCAAGACCAACCACCGUGCUGCUGUUAAGGCUCUCAGCUGGUGUCCCUGGCAACUGAACUUGCUUGCCACCGGUGGUGGAUCAUACGAUCGCCAUAUUCACUUUUGGAACACCACGACGGGUGCGCGUACCAACAGCAUCGAUACUGGUUCCCAAGUCACCAGCCUGCGAUGGAGCAACCACUACCGGGAGAUUGUUAGCUCCAGUGGUUUCCCCGAUAACUCCCUGAGCAUCUGGAGUUACCCAACUCUGGUCCGCAACAUUGAGAUCCCGGCACACGAGACUCGUGUUCUGCACAGCUGCCUGAGUCCCGACGGUCAGCUUCUGGCUACCGCGGCAGCGGAUGAGAGCUUGAAGUUCUGGAAGGUCUUUGAACGCAAGCCAGGAACUAGUGCAUCGGCGUCUCGUGAGGGUGGAGUUGGAAGCAAGGCUCAAAUGACUAAAUCCAUGACUAUCCGCUAGUUUUGCUGCGUAGUUUUCUUGUACAUUUGUUUCGCUUUUCAUUGGGUACUGCGUGGAUUCUGGGUAUAUCACUGGGAGUUGGAUCACACUUGGCUGGCGUUACUUAGCUGGAGCACUGUAUUUAGGCGAGACGGUAUAUUUGGGUUAAGAUUCUUGUAUAGCACAUUAUUAGAAUUGAUGACAAACUAU